UUCGCUUUUCUCUCUCAUCUUCCCCUUUAAUAGGCACCCAAGCUUGCAGACAAGUACUGCGUAUGUCACCUGGCCACGGGUGAUAUGCUGAGGGCGGUCAUCGCCUCGGGAUCGGACCUUGGUAAGAAGUUGAAGGUGGUGUUGGACAGCGGGAAGCUCGUCAGCGAUGAGCUGGUCGUGCAGAUGAUCGACAACAAACUGGACACUGCAGAUUGCAAAAAUGGCUUCCUCCUCGAUGGCUUCCCAAGGACGGUCGUCCAGGCUGAGAAGCUGGAUGAACUCCUUAAGAAGAGGAAGACUGCCCUUGACUCGGUAGUGGAGUUUGGUAUCGAUGACACGCUGCUUGUGAAGAGAAUCACAGGACGGCUCAUCCACAAACCCAGCGGAAGGUCUUAUCACACAGAAUUUAGCCCUCCAAAGAAACCUAUGACUGAUGAUGUAACUGGUGAGCCACUCAUCAAACGAUCCGACGAUAAUGAGGUUACACUGAAGACACGCCUUGAGGCCUACCACAAGCAGACCGCACCCCUCGUCGAUUAUUACUCUAAACGUGGCAUCCAUCAACGUAUCGAUGCCGCUAGAGCACCCGAUGCGGUAUACGCCAGCAUCCAAUCGAUAUUCGCAAAGGCGCAGACUGCAAGGAAAGAUAAAGUUGUAUUCAUUUGAUUGUAGAACUGUAUAUUAAAAGAGUGAGAGAGUGUGACAAGUCACCACAAAGCAUGGAUAGGGAAAUGAAAGACAAAUUUCCAGGGUCCAGAAUAUAUUUGAAAUCGGUGGACAGACGUAAAUAACGCAUGCUUUGCAUGUUCUGGGUCUCGUCUUACAAAGAGUUGCGAUUGAUCUGAUCAAUCUCAACUAUAGCCAGCAAGGUCAACAUCUGAAAUGCAUGAUAAUUCAAAAUGUUAUCUACAUAUGAUGUAUAUUCAUAAAUUAAUCGUUUUCUAGAUCAUUUGGUGCGUUUGCCUUUGUUUACAAAGGACAUUUUGCAAAUUUCCUGUAGACAAAUGAGGACCCUGAUGGAUUAAAAAGAUGGGGGCCCUGGUCUGAAAAAUUUCUUCCACUUUACCGAUUACUUGAUUUAUAGGUUGGUUUAGGCAGACUUAGCUGUAUACACAGUUCUGUUUCACAAAACUUGUCAUAAGAACAAAUACACAAUUCUAUAGCAGGUUUACUAUCAGCCAAACAAUUUGAAUGAUUUCAGUAGCUUUUGAUAUUGUGAAUUUGUUAUUACAGCAAGUUUUAUGAAACAGGGUUCCUGGCUCUGUGGUGACUUGUCACUGAUAGCUUUUAUUUCUCUUGUAAUUACAAAGCAUAUGGGGCUAUAUACCUGCUGGAAGGGAAGUCAGAAUACUAAGUGCUAUUUAAUGGGGUAGUGGGGCAGCGGAGUGUUGUUAUACAUAUAAGAUUGAAAUUGUGAAUUUCAUGAAUUUGGAGCUCUAUUUUAUUACCUGAAUCAUGUCGAGAGCAGGGGCUUCGUAGAAGUCUCGUACAAUAUGUAUAUGUGCUACACAGUUGUUUCCUUUUCUUUUAAUUUCUUUGUUCCUGUGUUGUUUGCGAUAUGAAAGAGGGUUUUCACAAUUGGCCAUGUGACUGUUUGUGACCAUUUGAUUACAGUACAUGUUGUGAUCGCAAAAGUUACAUGACCAGUUUUGAAAAUAAAAAGCGUCAUAAGUAGGUGAAAUCAUAAUUUAUUUACAUGAGCUUUUGACUCUAUCUACAGUAUUAAUUUUCCUUUCUUUUUUUGGGGGGACUGAAUUAUCUUUAUGUAGUGGAUUUAUUUUCAGUUCUCGCCACUCACUAGAGUUUGCCUUAUUUUGUGCUUCAGUUGGAUUUCAUUCGCUAUUACCAAUAGUUGACUUUAUAGUUCAACAGAUGAAUUUGAAAGUCAUGUUGAUGAACUAGUUGGCUGAGUAGCAUUGUUGAGCACUAUUCUCAUUACCUAAAAUUUGCAUUAAAUGUUCCAUUAGCCACUGAUUAAUGACCAUGCCUAUCUUCAGUUCCUCAAAUGCCACAAUACAGUUCUGAGAAGAUUACCCCCAAAUUUGCCACAGAUUAUUUUUGUUUAUACCAAAUUUAGUCUUAAAACUAAAAGGUACCAUAACAAAACUCUGUGUCACGUCUUUAAGCUGGAAUUCUACUGCAGUGGCUUUCUCUUAUCCCUCCUGUCUUUAGUGAUAUGUGAGAGUUGGUGAUAAGCCACUUCCAGGAACCCUGCAUGAAAGGCAAGGCUUUGACAUUUUACUCCUAUUAGGGGUGUUGAUUAAAAAUGGAGAAGUAAAAAAUCUUUAUUGCCUAAUAUGCUUUGCUAGUGUACAUUUCAUUUCCUGUUUUCCCCACAGAAAUUGCAUAACUUUUUUAGUAUAUAGAAGUCCAGUAAUGUUUUCAAUGGGUGUGCAUUGUACAACUUUCGCUGAUGUAAAAACAUCACCACCCCCUUACUCUCGAAAGCAUUUGUAUAUCACUUGACAUUAAAAAACAAAUCACUUGAUAUUCAUAAACAAUUUUUCUCUCAGGAAAUGAUCAAAGUUUAUGAUUUGUAUUUGGCAGCUCAAAGUUUUUGGUUUAAUUAAGUACUUAUUCUUAUGCAUCUGUUUGUUAGAGAAAACAAAAAAUUUAUUAAAUAACUUAUCCUCUUUUUGAUUGCCUGUUUAAUAACACCUCUUAUUGAUUUCAAGUUGGUCUGUUUAAAUAGACAUUAGAAGUUACGAAUAGUACCUUGCAAUUGUAAUUAGCUGUCCAAAUUCACUAUUAACACUCGUGUUCAAAUCAUGUCUUUCUUUUAAAAUUAUACUUUUGCUAACAGAAAGGGUUACCAUUCACAAAUUUAAGUUUUAAUAAAUCUGAAUGUAAGUUUGUUGGUCAGAGAACGAGCGAAAAUACUGGAUUUUGUAGAUCUAUUAAAUUAUCUUUUAAUCUCAUUCUUCUUAGUGUGUAAUAAUAUUCCUUCUAUUAACAUUGAUGAGUGAUAACAAUACUGUUCAACAGAACUUUACACACAAAAAAAUCAGUCUAAGACACCCAUUUAUGUUGUUUAUAUUUACAUGUAUAUUGUAUGUUACACAUUCAGGAAGACAAAGAAAUUGACACAUGCAUUUGUGAUCAUCAUUAUAGGAGGGGGAAUUAAUAACUAUGCUCAAUAAAUUGAGAUUUCUAUCACAAUAAA